AUGGCGCCCGCUCAGCCAGAACUCAAGAAGUAUCUCGACAAGAGACUGUUUGUCCAGCUAAACGGCAGUCGCAAGGUCAUUGGCGUCCUUCGCGGCUACGAUGUCUUCUUGAACAUAGUCUUGGACGAGGCGGUUGAGGAGAAGGAGGGUGGAGAGAAGGCCAGGCUCGGCAUGGUGGUUAUCCGUGGAAACUCAGUCGUUAUGCUAGAGGCUCUCGAGAGAAUCGGCGGUGACGAUCGCGGACAUCAUCGAUAA